AGACCUGCCCAAGACAUCCUCUGCCUGCUGCUGGCGUUUCUUCCUUGGCUCCGCUCCCCCCGCCCCUGCAGUUCCUUCCCUGCACCUUUAAGAAGCACAUUGCUCGCUGGUGGGAUGGUGUGGUACAGCUCCACAGAGGAAGUUACGCAGCCUGGAUCAGGCACUGAGAUAAAAGCAACGACUGUGAUUGAAAGUGAUGGCAAAAGGAUUUGAGCCUCAGUAUUAACUUGCGAGAGAGGAGCGAGGGUGGGGGAGGAGGGAGAUUUCAUAAAGCUCCCGGCCAUCUGCCCUUGAGCUCCAGGCGGGGAAUGGGCUGGUCCUGCUGGAGAAGAGGGGGACCCCGCCAGGCGCGCGGAUGAGCAUUUCCAUUUGUAUUUCUAUUUUUGGGGGGGGUGGGGGCGGGGAACAGGCGGGGGUGUUUGCGGUCAGAAAAAGUUAAACUUCUUUUAUCCUGCUCCGGGCUCCCCCCUGGAGACGGGGGGCAGGGGGUUGAAAUUUCUACACCCCCCUCCAUCUCAUACCCCCCCCCCGCAGUCCCCACCCUCCCCCCAGCCGCCCGCCCUGCCAAGCCCUAGAACGCUGCCCGGGCAGGUUGGUCCUUACCGCCCUAGCCGAGGGUGGGGGAGCAGCCUUCCCCACCCAGCCAGGAGGAGAGGACGCGUGUGCAUCUGCCGCCUGGCACGGAGCUCCGGCGGAACCUCCCUCGCUGCACCGGCUCCAGGAGCGCCGAGCGCCGGGAUGGAAAGGAUUGUUUGGAGAGGAUGAUUUGUUACCAACCCAUCGCUCCCACGGCGGCUUUCCCCGGGUGUUUGGGCAAGAGAUUAACAGUCCAGCCGUUUUUAAAGGUGGUGCUUGCUAAUGAGCUCUCCUUUUCCCCUUAUAAUGAACAAGAAACGUGACCUCAGGUAGUUGGACGGUUUGUAGCUGAAGCUUUGGAAACUUGGCAUUAUCAGCCAGAAAUUGCCCUAUGUGCAUGCCUCGUCACCAGAGCAAGAAGCAAAAUAAAAAACAAACAAACAAGUCAAUGGUCAUAUUUUCAAUAAAGUGACCAUAGGACAAUCUGUUUAGAUGGCUUGCAAAAUUUACCACCCAAAUGAUGUUGUCAGAAAGGUUGCCUUUUAAAAGAAGUAAAGUUUAGGUCCAAAGAGUCUCCCAUUUCAAGGUAACAUAGAUAAUAAUGUCACUUAAAUAUUUUUUAAAUAAAGUUUUUUUUAAAAUAAUUAUUUAAGGCACACCACAGUUUAAGGCACUUUAAAAAAAAAGCUAUACAUUGGUAGCAGAUGAAAAGGUUAAAGAAAACUUGAUCUAGCCUCAUCACAUAGCCUCUCCAAUUUUUCUCCUAUCAAAUUUCAUCACCGAAUCAGAACUUGAGAGCUCUAUUGAUUGAGUAGAGUCACCUCUAGAUAUUUUCACACUGAUGUAGAAGAUCUUUUAUGCAAAACAAACAAAACAAAAAAAAAACCAUUAAGUUAAGGAAGACUUUUGACCGCUGAUCAGCAGUUCUGGAAGGGCUGUCCAUAAUUCUCCAGAUCAAGUGACUUGCAAACUUGGCUUCUGUACUAAGAGACUUUCCUUGUCUGAAUGCAGCAUACAGAGCUGGGCCAUUGUCAUCUGGAUCUCCUUAGGGUAGAUAAUUUUUUAGAUGAGAAGUUUCCAUGCUGAUCCUGACAGUAACCCCUAGUCCAGUAGCUGCCUUUCUCGGGACUCUAGGCAUUUCCUUUGCCCAGGGACCCUGCGCUUGGUCUCAGUUGCCAUGCUGAACCUGGUUGCUUUUCUGUUGCACUGUCUCCCUCUGGCCAUGGGACACUAUGACAUUUGCAAAUCCUGGGUGACCACAGAUGAUGGCCCAUCAUGGGAGUUUUAUGCUUGCCAGCCCAAGGCCAUGCGAAUGAAGGACUAUGUGACAGUGAGAGUGGAUCCACCAGGAAUCACCUGUGGGGACCCCCCUGAGAGAUUCUGUACUCAUGAGAACCCGUAUCUGUGCAGCGAUGAGUGUGACGCGUCCACCCCUGACCUGGCCCACCCGCCAAAGCUGAUGUUCGACAAAGAGGAUGAAGGGCUGGCCACCUACUGGCAGAGUGUGACCUGGAGCCGCUACCCAGAACCCCUGCUGGCUAACAUCACACUUUCCUGGAACAAGAGCAUUGAGCUGACAGAUGACAUUGUGGUGACCUUCGAGUACGGACGCCCCACCAUCAUGAUGCUGGAGAAGUCCCUGGACAAUGGGAGGACUUGGCACCCAUACCAGUACUACGCGGAUGACUGCAUGGAAGCCUUUGGCAUGCCAGCCCGGCGGGUCAGAGACCUCUCUACCACCAGUGCCAACAGGAUCAUCUGCACGGAGGAAUACUCCCGCUGGGCGGGCUCCAAGAAGGAGAAGAACGUGCGUUUGGAGGUGAGGGAUCGCUUUGCCAUCUUUGCUGGCCAGGACCUCAGGAACAUGGACAACCUGUACACCAGGCUGGAGAGCGCCAAGGGUUUGAAGGACUUCUUCACCGUGACUGACCUGCGGAUGAGGUUGCUGAGACCGGCACUUGGGGGCACCUACGUGCAGAGGGAGAACUUGUAUAAAUACUUCUAUGCUGUCUCCAACAUUGAAGUCACCGGCAGGUGUAAAUGCAACCUCCAUGCCAACCUGUGCUCCUUUAAGGAGGGCAGCCUGCAAUGUGAGUGCGAACACAACACCACUGGCCAGGACUGUGGCAAGUGCAAGAAGAACUUUCGCACCAGAUCUUGGCGGGCCGGCUCCUACCUGCCUCUCCCCAACGGAUCCCCUAACGCAUGUGCAGCUGCAGGCUCGGCCUUUGGCAACUGCGAGUGUUAUGGCCACUCCAACCGCUGCAGCUACAUUGACUUCCUGAAUGUGGUGACUUGCGUCAGCUGCAAACACAACACCAGGGGGCAGCACUGCCAGCACUGCCGCCUCGGGUUCUACCGGAACGGCUCGGCAGAGCUAGACGACGAGAACGUGUGCAUAGAAUGUAACUGCAAUCAAAUCGGAUCGUUGCACGACCGCUGUAAUGAGACCGGCUACUGUGAAUGCAGAGAAGGUGCUGCCGGGCCCAAGUGUGAUGACUGCCUUCCCAAUUACUACUGGAGACAGGGUUGUUUUCCCAAUGUCUGUGACGAGGAGCUCUUGAUUUGCCAGAAUGGUGGCACCUGCUACCAGAACCAGAGAUGCAUCUGCCCUGCUGGCUACAAAGGCGUCCUGUGCGAGCAAUCCAAGUGUGACUCUGACAACAAGGCCUGCAAUUCUGCCUCCAGCACAUACCUCAACCUAACCACCUUCCUCAUCAGUGCUCUCAUCCUCCAGCUGCGACGCUUGUUGGACUUUUGAAUUGCAAACACAAGGGAGCCAAGUCAAGGUGCAUCACCCGGGGGAGGCUAGGAGACUAAGGUCAUAGGUAGCCCUCCACAGCAUCACCUCCUCAGCCUUCCUUUACUCUAGGACUUCCAUGACGUCAUUCAGUCCCCUGUCCACUGAGAGCUACAGCAUCUCAGGGGCUGACUCCUGUCCUUCCACCAGCAGCAGCCUUGCUCCAACAUCCGCGCCCUGGCCAGAGGUAGCCGCAGCAUGGACUUGGCUGCUGAGCUGCAGGGAGAGAACUGUGACAGCCAUUGUGCAGAAGCUGCAGUACCUUGCUGUCAUUAGAAAGGACUCCUGUCACACACACUUCCUUAAAAGCAGUGACUCAUUCCCCAUUUUGCACAGGGGGCUCUGGUUCCAGGGCAUAGGGGACCCUGCCAAAACAGUGCCGCAAUCCAAGGAUUUUUUUUUAAACUUUUCAGUAGUUUCAUUUUCUUUCUUGUUUUGAAAGAGCCAGUCCUAACUGCUCCAGAGCCCCAUGGCACCAGAGACUGGAGUCCAAGGCAUCCCUGGGGACUCUUUGGUCCAUCCUUGCUGCAUAGUCCCAUGUUUCAUUGUUGACUUGGCCGGGCCCUAGAGAUACCGUUGCCUACAAAUCUAGUUGCUGAAUUUAUUAAGUUUUGUAUUUUUGUUGUUGGAUUUUUAUUUCCUUUUCUUGCACUUGACCAGAACAAAAAGGCCAUUGUGCGCAUGGUAUAUCAGAGUGCAACGUCUUAUCCAGGCAUUUCCGUAUAGUGUACGGUUCAAAUACUUUUUUGGUAGAGAAUUAUUUUUGUUUGAAUUAAAUGCUAUAAAAGGACUACAACCUAAAGGGACAUUUUACCAUGAGCAUUUGAUUCUGGUGUAUAAUCCUGACAGUAAAGCAACUAUUAAUUGC